AUGGCCAAUAUGCAAUACCAACAGCCAGCGCCCUACCAGGCCUCUCAGGGGUUUUUGCCACUGGAACCGGUCGCGCCCAGCAACAAGGACGUUUCGCACAAAAUCGUCAGCGGCCGCAAGUGGUUCUUCGCCAAGGCCGCGCUCGAAGGCCUCAGCAUUGUCACGGGCAUUGUCGUGUCGGCUGUCAGUGGCGCUGUGGUUGUGGCCCAGAUGCCGUACCCCGACCUCAAUGGCUAUCUCGAUGCCGGACUGUCGUUUCCACCGGGCAUCCUUGCCAUUCUAUGGCCCGUCGCCGAGCUCGUCACGCUCGUGGUCCGACGCAACCGCGGCAUCCACCCCGGCGCGCAUGUCGGCAUGCACCUGGUGAUCUGGCUGACAGGCACAGUGGCCGGUGGACUGAUCGCGUCCGAAUACGCGUUCGAUUCCAUCUUCACCUACUGGCCGAUGUCGGACUAUAGGCUGUCCGUGGCCGAGAAGACAAAAGGAUACGCCCAUUACGUGACCAUGGAAUUGGUCCUGUGCAUCUGCCUCUGGCCUCUCGUCGUCGUCAACAUGAUUCUUUUCGUCCGCGCCUGCAUUGAAUGCCAUCGUCGCAACAUGCGCCGCGCCCUGCACCGGGCCAACAAAAGGGCCAUGCUGAUCGCCGCGCAAGCCGCCUGGGCCACCGGUCAAGCCCCUGGCCAAGUGCCGUACCAGACGGCGGCACCGGCUCCAGCUCCAGCGCCGGCCCCGGGCCCGCCCCCGAUGAACGCGUACCAACAAUACCCCAUGGCGGAGCUCGACAAGACGGGCACGCCAAAACCACAGGCAUCGACUCUCAGCAACGUCUCGCCGGUGCAGUCUCCGUUCCAGUCCCAACACCCGCCCACGGCAGCUGAACUGGCACAACCCCAACCACACCCGGCGCAUCUGAUCCACGAGAUUGGCGGUGGCGCUGCACAAUACCCCGAGAUGCCAGCAGCAUCACAUGCACCAGCGCCAGCGCGGGUCGAGAUGCCAGCAGACGGCCACCAUGAAGAAGUGCCAGCGGUUCCGGCGCCAGAGCAUCAUCAUCAACAACAGCAACGACAACAAACAGAACCAUACACACCCGUGACUGAAACACAGCAAGUCGCACGAGAUGGAGAUGCGGAAUCAGCCCGUGGUCAAAGGUCAGGGCCGCCUCAGUACGUCAUGAUUGGAGGCACCAAGGUUCGAUACUAUGAGUUCUAG